AUGGCAGGGAUCAGGGAAAACAUGAGGGAGAACAAUGACUUUAUUCCAUUUUUGACCUUACGGGAGGCUGUGCGAAAUGGUGACUGGAAGGGUGUAAAGGACUUCCUGGAGCAACGUCCCGAUGCAGUGACUGCAAAAAUCGAAGGUUUUGGAAGGACUCCUCUUCAAGUCGCUAUUCUUGCUGGACAUAUGCACAUAGUGAAGAAGUUGGUGGAGCGAAUGUCUGAAGAAGAGUUGAAAACAGUAGAUGAUAACGGUUUCACAGCCCUAGCUGAGGCCACAUGUGGUGGAAACUACCAGAUGGCAAAGUGCAUACUAAAAAAGAACAAGAGCUUGGUCAGAAUUGCAAACAUAAACGGCGAACUUCCAGUUGUACUGGCUAUUGUCACUGGGCAUAUUGAAUUGGCUAGAUAUCUCUACUCUCUCACUCCUAUAGAAGAUUUCAAGCCAGAAAAUAGCAUCAGUGGAGCUGCACUUUGUACACAGGCUAUACAUAUGGGAGCUCUAGGUAAAAGCAUACAGUCGGCUAGUACUAGCAGUCCACGGUAUGAAACUCGCUUGAGCAUCACAGAUCAAGUAAGAAACCCUGAAAGGGAUGAUCAAGUAAAACAUUUCGGAAUUACUGGAAUCAAGCAAUUAUAUGAAAUGAAGGCUGUCCAUGCCCAGUCGCGUGAACUUCUGCAGCUCAUGUGCCGUGUGGUCACAUCGACUUCUGAUGAUCAACAAAGGGAUCAAGCUUGCGUUUAUACAUCCAUAUACCGUUCUAUUUACGACGGGAAUGUUGAGUUUUUUUUGGAUAUGGUGCAAACAAAUCCUGAGCUUGUGUGGAUUACUGAGAAAGCUAAUGGAAGAAACAUCUUGUCAUAUGCUAUUGAAUGUCGUCAAUCUACAAUAUUUAACAUCAUAUGCGGCCUUCAUGAGAAGAACGAAUUGGCAAGUGAGAUGGAUUUUGGCGGCAAUACCGUUCUACAUUUGGCAGGGAAGUUGCCAGAUUCCACAGUGCUUAGUCGCAUUCCAGGCGCAGCUUUGAAGAUGCAAAGAGAACUACAGUGGUUUAAGAAGGUGGAGAGUAUUGCUCAACCCAAGAUUAAGGAACAUAUGAACACCCAAUUUUUCAAGCCUUGGCAAUAUUUUGUGAAGGAACAUAAAAACAUGAUGAAAGACGGAGAACGAUGGAUGAAGGAUACAGCAACUUCUUGUACAGUGGUAGGUACUCUCAUAGCUACCAUUAUGUUUGCUGCUGUCUUCACCGUUCCAGGUGGUAACAACCAAACUACAGGAUUCCCAAUAUUCUCAGAGGAAAAGUUGUUUAUACUCUUUAUAGUAUCAGAUUCCUUGUCACUUUUUUCCUCCUCAACUUCAGUGUUGAUGUUUUUGGGAAUUCUCACGUCACGCUAUGCAGAAGAUGAUUUCCUCAAAUCCUUACCGACGAAGAUGAUAAUCGGUCUUUCCACUCUUUUAUUCUCUAUUACAACCAUGAUGAUAGCCUUUUCCGCUGCUGUUUUAAUUAUUCUACAAAAAUCAUGGAUGGUCAUUCCUGUCAUUUGGUUGGCCAGUGUCCCAGUUACCUUAUUCGUACUGAUGCAAUUCCCUCUUCUUGUUGAGAUGUCUGUUUCAACUUAUGGAUCAAUCUUCGACGACAAAAAAAAGCCCUUGCAGUUCACUUCUCGUUCAAUAUAG